GCCGGCGGAGGACGACGACGACGACGAGGAGGGAGAGGAGGAGGAGGAAAAGGAGGACCCCAACGCCGCCCUGUCAGUUUACUGAAUUUCAAUUUGACUAGUAAUGCCAUUCUGUUGCCAAUAUCGAGAAAAGCAAGCUUACGCCAGUUUGACAGCUGUAUUUAAGAAAAAUAGUCACCCCUUUUACAGUGCCUGAAGUUCUUAAAUGAUCCUAUCAAAGCGAGAAGAAUAAACUUACGGAACCAGAUCAAUCACCAUGAAGUUAUAUGUGUUUCUGGUCAACACUGGAAUUACCCUAGCAUUUGACACUGAACUUGCAGUGCAGACUGUGGCAGACCUUAAACAUGCAAUCCAAACCAAAUAUAAGAUUGCAGUUCAACACCAGGUACUGGUUGUCAAUGGAGGAGAAUGUAUGGCGCCAGACCGAAGAGUCUGCACUUACAGUGCUGGGACAGACACAAAUCCAAUUUUUCUGUUUAAUAAAGAAAUGAUCUUAUGUGAUCGCCCACCUGCUAUUCCCAAAACAACCUUUUCAGCAGAAAAUGAGAUGGAAUUAAAAGUUGAAGAGUCUCUCAUGAUGCCUGCAGUUUUUCAUACUGUAGCUUCAAGGACACAGCUUGCUGUGGAAAUGUAUGAAGUGGCCAAGAAACUUUGUUCAUUUUGUGAAGGUCUGGUCCAUGAUGAACAUCUUCAACACCAAGGAUGGAGUGCCAUAAUGGCCAAUUUGGAGGAUUGCACAUUUUCAUACCAAAAGCUGCUUUUCAGAUUUGAUGAUGUUUAUUCAAGUUACCUGCAAUCCAUAGAUGAUAUCAAGCUGAAACUUACGCAUUUAGGAACUGCUGUUACAAUAAUGGCCAAGAUUCCGCUGUUGGAGUGCCUAACCAGACAUAGCUACAAAGAAUGCUUGGGAAGACUGGAUUCUACUCCUGAGCAUGAAGGGACAGAACCAGAGAAAGAAGAGUCAGAAAAAUCCACUGGAUUGGUGCUCUUUUCUGACGUACCAAGAGUGAACAGCAAAUCCACGUUAGCUUCAUUUUGCAAGUCAGUGGAACAUUCUGUGGCGGACAACACAGAGCCCGAAAGUGGCAGUGAAAUCAGGGAGUCCUGUCAGAUCCCUUCCCAGGACAGUGGAACUUCUGAGGAUGUUAAAGAGAGCGAUCUGCCUUCUUUCAAUGUUUCUUUAUUAGACUGGAUAAAUGUUCAAGACAGACCUAAUGAUGUGGAGUCUUUGGUCAGAAAGUGCUUUGAUUCUAUGAGCAGGCUUGAUCCCCGGAUCAUUCAGCCAUUUUUGGCAGAGUGUCGUCAAACUAUUGCCAAAUUGGAUAAUCAGAACAUGAAAGCCAUUAAGGGACUUGAAGACCGACUUUAUGCACUGGACCAGAUGAUAGCUAGCUGCAGCAGAUUGGUCAAUGAACAAAAAGAACUUGCUCAGGGAUUUUUAGCUAAUCAGAAGAGGGCUGAAAACUUGAAAGAUCCUUCUGUGCUACCUGAUUUGUGCCUGAGUCAUGCAAAUCAGUUGAUGAUUAUGUUGACUAACCACAGAAAACUGUUGGAUAUCAAGCAAAAAUGUACCACUGCCAAACAAGAGCUUGCAAAUAAUCUACAAGUCAGACUAAAGUGGUGUUGCUUUGUUAUGCUUCAUGCCGAUCAAGAUGGAGAGAAGCUACAAGCCUUGCUCCGUCUUUUAACAGAGCUUCUAGAACGGGUCAAGAUUGUAGAAGCCCUUAGCACAGUUCCUCAGAUGUACUGCUUAGCCGUUGUUGAGGUUGUAAGGAGAAAAAUGUUCAUUAAACACUACAGGGAGUGGGCUGGUGCUUUAAUCAAAGAUGGAAAACAUUUAUAUGAAACUGAAAAGUCAAAAAGGGAAUCCUUUGGCAAACUGUUUAGAAAGUCUUUUUUAAGAAAUCAUCUCUUUAGAGGACUGGAUUCCUGGCCCCCUUCUUUUUGUACUCGAAAACCUCGGCGGUUUGAUGUUGAGCUUCCAGAUAUUUCAUUAAAUGACUUGCAGUUUCUGCAGUCUCUUUGUCCUUCAGAAGUACAGCCAUUACUCAGGGUUCCCUUACUUUGUGACUUUGAACCUCUACACCAGCAUGUACUUGCUCUACAUAACCUGGUAAAAGCAGCACAGAGUUUAGAUGAAAUGUCACAGACCAUCACGGACCUACUGAGUGAACAAAAAGCUUCUAAUAGUCAAGGAUCCCCCCAAUCUGUAACCACACCAAGGAUGGAAAGUACAAUGGGAAUUACAACUACAACUGCUACCUCGCCUAGAACUCCUCCAUCACUCAGUCUUCAUGAUCCCUCUUGUCCUCCAGUGUGUCCGUUAGAAGAGUUGUCUCCAGACAGCAUCGAUGCUCAUACGUUUGAUUUUGAAACAAUUCCUCACCCAAACAUUGAACCAAACGUCCUUCACCAAGGAUCCCUGGACUUAGACUCAUUAGCGGAAAGUCCAGAGUCAGAUUUUAUGUCAGCUGUGAAUGAGUUUGUAAUAGAAGAAAAUCCAACCUCUCCUAACCCAAUAAGUGAUCCACAAAGUCCAGAGAUGAUGGGGGAAUCCCUCUAUUCUUCAGUAAUCAAUGCAAUCGACAGUAGGCGUAUGCAAAGUACAAAUGCCGAUGCGAAAGAGGUUUCAGGAGAACACGUUUCUCUAAAUGUGCGUUUGGAAAAAUGUCGAGCACUUGCCCAGGACUCCCAGUUCAAUUUGCGAAACUUCAAGGAUGACCUUUGCCACUUUAAAUCACUUGUACAGAAAGAGCAGUGUGACUUUUCCAGUUCUUUGAAAUGUACAGCUGUAGAAAUACAAACUAUUAUAGAAAAAGUAAGACUUUCUCUGGAAAAAACACUAAAAGAAAAACAUGAGAAUGAACUCCAGACAUUAAAAACUGAGUAUGAGACGAAACUAAAUGCAUUAAUAAAAAACAGUGAAGAAAAUGAGAGAAAGAUAACAAAAUUAAAAGGCGACUUGCUAAGUCUUGAAGAAGUUUUACAAAAUAAAGACAACGAAUUUGCUUUGGUAAAGAAUGAAAAAGAUGCUGUGGUCUGCCUGCAGAACGAAAAAGAUCAGAAGUUACUAGAAAUGGAAAGCACAAUGAAGGAUCAAAAUUGUGAAAUUAAAGAGCUGAAAGAGUCCCGGGAAGUUGUGUUGGAAGACCUAAAGAAGCUUCAUGUUGAAAGCGAUGAAAAGAUACAACUUUUGAGGGCAGAACUUGAGACUUUGGAGCAGAGUCACCUAAAAGAACUGGAAGAUACGUUGCAGAUCAGGCAUACACAGGAAUUUGAAAAAGUUUUAACAGACCACAAGGAUUGUGUAGAGAAAUUAAAAACUGAAAAUCAACAGAGGCUUGACCAGAUGCAAGAGUCUCAUGCUAUGAUUGUCCAAGACAAGGAACAACAAUUGCAAGACUUGGAGUUCAAAGUUUCUGAUUUGUCUGAUUUGAGAUGCAAGUUAGAAGUUGAACUUGCUUUGAAGGAAGCAGAAGCUGAUGAAAUUAAGAUCCUUUUAGAAGAAAGCAAAGUCCAGCGGCAGGAGACAUUGAAAACCCUCAUUGAUAAAGAAACCGAAAGCUUAAGAACAGAGAUCAGCAAGCUACACCAGAAGAUCCAAGUUAAUGAUGAGGAAUAUCAAAUGGGUUUGACAGAGCUAAGAACUUUGAUGACAAUCGAGAAAGAUCAGUGCAUUUCCGAGUUGGUGUGUAGACAUGAGGAGGAAUCAAAUUUGCUGAAAACUGAGUUGAACAAAGUAGCUUCUCUGCAGCAACAAGCCUUCGAAAUAGAAAAAAAGUUGAAAGAGCAAACAGAAGAUUUGCAGAGUAGGUUGGAGCGGGAAUUGAGUGCCCUUGAAAAACAAAAAGACGAAAAAAUGGCCCAACAAGAGGAAAAAUAUGAAGCUAUCCUUCAUCAGCUGGAGGAAGACAAAGAGAAAAUACUUUUGAAACAAGAACAGGACAGAGAGCUUCUUAUCCAGAAGCUUAAUUAUGAAAAAGAAGAAGCCGUGAGGAUUGCCCUCAAGGAAUUCGAGAUACAGAGAGAAGCUGUUGAAAGAGAACUCUUGGAAAAAAUUAAACAUCUCGAGAGUCAAAUAACUGGAAGUCUUCCCAUUGAGUCAACUAGUGAAGAGUCAUCAAGUUUAGUUGCUGAACUUCAAGAGAAACUUCAGGAAGAAAAGGCCAAGUUUUUGGAACAACUUGAAGAACAAGAAAAAAGAAAGAAUGAAGAAAUGCAAAAUGUCCGAACAUCUCUGAUUGCAGAACAACAGACCAAUUUUAACACUGUUCUGACAAGAGAAAAACUGAAGAAAGAAAACAUAAUAAAUGACCUCACUGACAAAUUGAAAAACACAAUGCAGCAACAAGAGCGGGAUAAAGAUUUGAUCGAGACACUUUCAGAAGAUCGGGCUCGUUUGCUUGAAGAGAAGAAAAAGCUGGAAGGAGAAGUCAAUAAACUUCGAAGUAGCAGUUUUGUUCCUUCAGCAUAUUUUGCCUCAGGUGCAGAACCCUGUGGAGCUUGUGCCCCUGAACUCCCUGAUACAGAAAGAUCAGCUUUCGAGAUAGAAGAAGAAGGGCACGUGGAUUCGGCUAUGGACACCAGCAUGAUGGCUGUGCAUGAAAAUGUCCAUAUGCUGUCUGAAGAGAAACAGCGGAUAAUGUUGCUAGAAAAAACUUUGCAACUGAAAGAAGAAGAAAACAAGCGGUUAAAUCAAAGACUAUUUGCUGAUAUAGAAGACCCCAGAGACAUCCUCCUCCCUAGUUGUGGAGAACCACAACCAGCUAGUACAUCAUGUGGGCCGAUGGUCCUGACAGGACCUGUUGAGAAGAUGUCACAAAGCAUGUCUUCAGUAUCUGCAAGGCAUUCUGAAAAAAUAGCGAUUAGAGAUUUUCAGGUUGGAGAUUUAGUUCUCAUUAUCUUGGAUGAACGCCACGACAAUUAUGUAUUAUUUACUGUCAGCCCAACCUUAUAUUUCCUGCAUUCAGAGUCUCUUGCUGCACUGGAUCUGAAACCAGGUGAGUGUGCCUCGGGUUCAUCUAGAAGACCUUGGGUACUCGGAAAAGUUAUGGAGAAGGAAUAUUGUCAAGCCAAAAAGGUAAAACCAAGCCCAGAGGCACAAAACAGAUUUAAAGUUCCGUUGGGUACCAAAUUUUACAGAGUGAAAGCCGUGCCAUGGAACAAGAAAGUAUAACCUACACAGGAAACUCGAUUCAUUCUGUCACAUUUCUCUGGCUUGUCCUACAGAGCUCAUUCGUCACUCCAAAAAUAGCAGACCAUCUUUUUAUACGGAAGUCAAUGUGACAAUAUGCUUCACUGAUGUGCUACAUUUCCCUAACAGGUCACAUUUUAGAAACAAGAAAUCCAUCACAAUCCUAGGCUCAAUUCCAUUUUUUUUUACCCAGAUGACUCUAGAAAUGCGGACCAAAUUAGUUCAUUUUCUCAAAGGGCAUACCCUGGUGCAUCGUGGCUUAUUACUGGCCAUAUUAAUUGCCUGUUAAAUAUACAUUAGCUCGAACUUAGAUGUUAAAUGUUAGUUACCAUUAUUACCAGCAUUUGUCCUUUUGUGAAACCAUUAUCAAAGUCUGUGCACUCUUUAACACAUUCUUUAUAAUAUGUAUAAAUACAUCAGAACUAUUUAAAGAGGAGUGUCAUUGCAUGCAGAUAAUCAUAUAAUUUUCUUCAAUAUGAGUUUGCCUCUGUAGAGAACUACUACAACUGGUUUCAUUACAUGGGAAAAAAAAGCCCUUUGAUGUUUUGAGGAGGGGAAAAAAAAGGAACCCUCGAAUUCGAUUGGCUGAUUUUUUUUUAAACAUCAGCCCCAGAUAAUCUGCAAUCUUCAAAAGCACUUUCGACAGAUUGAUCCUAUAGAUUCUGAAGGGAAGCCUCUGUGUCAUUUAUAGUUUUAAUGAAGCACUUGAACCUUCCCAGCAACACAGAAGUCUUGUAUUAAUCUAUUUAGAAAAAUCAUAUUGAUAAAAUUGUAAUUCAUGGUUGAGUUUCAGGAAAAAAAAACUCAUUGUACAUUAACCAUUCAAAGGUCAUUUAAGUAACAAACUAUUGUAUUGUAAAAGACAUGUAGAAUUUUAAACAAUAAAGAUUUGAACCUGUAAAUGUGUGUGCCUUUUAAACAAAAGGGUAAAUUUUUGAUAACUAUAAGUAAAUGCUGGAGGAUGUGAAAAUAUUCCUCUGUAUCAUUACGUGGGGAGAGCAGCAUCCUCACUACAAAAAUAGUGUUCUCGAAUUGUGUAUAACUGGGUAAAUCUGUUUUUAGCAAUAAAUUGAUGUUUAUUGUGCAAACCAUAUUUGCUCAGACAAGCUACAGCUAAGCAAAGGUGUUUAAAUGCAUUACUCAGGUUAGGAAGAGAGUAUUUAAGUUUUGUCACUGCAAAACAAUGAUGAAAUGAUUCAUUUGCAUAAAAUAUUAGCUUUCUUUAUGAAGAUGAAAUAGUUGAAUGUUGUUUGGUAAACCUGUAUACCUAAUAAAACACAAAGCAAAAUGGAGUGAAUGCCAGUGUAAAGCCAACCAGGUUUUGACAGCAUAUUCAUUAAUAAAUGAAUAAAUGUUAUAUA